UGACGACAUCUCAUUUCAACUAUCAAAUAUGCGAAACAAUGUUGAAGGCACCUCCAUCGAAGUAUCUCUAUAGCUUCUAGACGAACGGAAAUCCAACAUCUACCAUAUUAUAUCAGACCUCCAAAAUGUUCACAGUGCCAAAUGCUAAGAGAUCUCGGGGAUAAAAAAAGGAUGAAACGCUCAGAAAAUUUCAAUCAUCAUGAGGACUCUGAAGUCUCCGAUGACGGAUCAAGAACAUCACCCUCCAAAGACGUUGACGAUCACUCGGACAUCGAAAUUGACUAUGGAUUCGAAUAUGACUUCAUCACACCACCUACCACUCUUUCGUCACGCGAUCCCGCCAAAUCAAAUAAUCAAACCGAGAAUCCUCUCGCCUCAACAAUUCCAGAGCAAAGCCCUGACCCCAAGGAUCCGCAACAUGAAGAUGAGGACGGGGAGACGACAUAUCAAUUCCGCCUCUUCAGCGCACAUCCAUCUUCAGGGCUCUCAAAGUCCACCGCCGACGCUGCUACUCCUGUCGCCGCAGCUGCCAGCAAAGACACGAUACGUCUUUCAGCCACGCCACCUCCAUCGGCCGACAACUUGAACUUGAUUGACAACAUCUCAUUGCAUAAAACUCAAUUCUUGCGACCUCGACGACCAGAUUCAUAUUACUUUACAUCUGCUCUACCAACAUCCACUCUCUCAAGACUGUCUUCGCAAUAUAGCGAGACGGCACUCUCUACAACAGACAUUCUAACACGAGCCAAAUCCACGAAAUGGCCUGGUACAAGCCUUCCAUGGCGAGUAAUCCACGUUAAGUUAGCUCAGCCCACGAAAACACCAACACCGACAACAACCUCGAGAUCCUCAACACAACCAUCAUCAUCAUCUCGCCCCCAGCGCAUCAACCCCCGUCCAUCCAAAAAACGACGUCUUGUCCUCCGGCGUCGCUCAGCCGCACAAGCCGAUCUAGUUGAAAAGGCCAAAGCUGCCGAUGAGGCUGAGCGGGAGAAACGCACGCGUCGUAAUCGCGAGAAGAAAGUCAAGCGUAAAGAACGUGAGAAGCGCAAGAAACAAGAUGCCGCUGCAGCCUCCCUUGGAACUGAGACACAGCCAGUCGGUGAGGAUAGCGCGGAUGAGAGUAUGAUGAGUUAACUUGACUGAGUAGCCCCGAUGAAACAUGAAAGAUUUGAAUGCA